AUGCAUCUUUCAGUAACGAAAUUAGGCGAUGAUGGAGAUUUGUUAACAAUUGAAAUCGCAUCUGAUCUUACAAUAAAAGAUUUAAAAGGUGUAAUUGAAUCGGAGUCGGAUUUUGGAAUGAAAGCCGAGGAAAUGAAUUUAUACUACGAUGGUAAAUUACUUACUAAUGAAAAUCGAACACUCGACCAAGCGAAUUUAAAAGAUUAUGAUUUAAUUACAUGUCGACGCAUACUAUCAAAUGUACCUUCAAGCGCAGAAGGAGGUACUGGAAUGCGUCUAUCAUUGAAUCCGCAUAAUCCUCAACAACUUUUCAAUGAACUACGUUCUAAUCCAGCAGUACUUGAACAAAUUCGUCGAAGCAAUCCACAAUUAGUCAAUGCCGUCGAACAAAAUGACAUGAAUGCAUUCAUGCAAUAUAUAGUAAGUCGUUUAGCACCUCAACAAAUGCAUCGUCCAACUGAACUUGAUUUACUUGAUCCAACGAUACAACGACGUAUAGAAGAAGCUAUUAAUAUGGGGAACGUUCUUGACAAUAUGGAACACGCUUAUGAACAUGCACCAGAAUUCUUCGGUCAUGUACUCAUGCUCUAUAUUAAUUGUAAAAUCAAUGGUCAUCCUGUAAAAGCAUUUGUUGAUUCUGGUGCUCAAAUGACAAUUAUGAGUAAAAUAUGUGCUGAACGUUGUGGGAUUAUGCGUCUUAUUGAUAUACGUUUUAAUGGUAUUGCGAAAGGUGUUGGCACACAAAAAAUUCUUGGACUUAUUCAUUUAGCACAACUUGAAGUUGAAAAGCAGUUUUUUGCAACUUCAUUAGCUGUUCUUGAAGAUCAAUCAAUUGAUAUGCUGAUAGGGCUGGAUAUGUUAAGACGUCACCGUUGUGUGAUUGAUUUAGAUAAAAAUGUUCUGCGAAUUGAAAAUAGUGUUGAAACAAGUUUUCUAUCAGAAUCAGAGUUGCCAUCAUAUGCAAGAUUAUCAGACAAUUCGCCUAGUACAGAAGGCACUACUGACAGAGCUGAAUCUUUGUUAAAACCAACUGCAGAAUCAAGUCGAAGAACUAUUAUCAAUACCGACAAUCGUCGUCAACAUCAACAGCAACAACAACAACAGCAAUCAGCUCAGUCAGUAACAACAGCUGCAUCAUCGUUAACACCAUCUCCGUUUCCCGAGAAAGAUAUAAAAGAAAUAGUAAAGAAAGGCUUUACAAGAGAACAAGCCAUAGAAGAAUUAAAGUCAACGGAUGGAGAUGUAACUAAAGCACUUGUUACACUUAUAACAAAAUCUUUGACUAUAUAUAAACGAAAAGAUUAA